AGGCGGGGCGUAGAGUUCAUCCAUCAUCACGUGACACAGAAAUACUCCAGAACUUCCGGAGAAAGUCGUCAUAUGUUUGGUGGGCGUUUAUAAAUAUUAUAGGCAUCAUGUCGUCCAGCAUUGCUCAAAAUCUCCGGAUAGCAGCUGUCCUUCUGGUGUUUCUUGUUCUUAUAGAUGUUAUUUCACUCGCAUAUGCAGAUAAGAGUUAUGAAGAUGUGCGUUGCAAGUGCAUCUGUCCACCCUACAGAAACAUCAGUGGACAUAUCUACAAAAAGAAUGUGUCCCAGAAAGACUGUAACUGUCUGCAUGUGGUGGAGCCCAUGCCAGUGCCUGGCCAUGAUGUGGAGGCCUACUGUCUGCUCUGUGAGUGCAAGUAUGAAGAACGAAGCAGCAACACCAUUAAGGUGACCAUUAUAAUCUACUUGUCAGUGGUUGGAGCUCUUCUGCUGUACAUGCUGUUUCUACUUCUAGUUGAUCCUCUAAUCCGCAAACAUGAUCCGUACACCAUGCCACUGCAGAAUGAGGAGGAUUCUGAGGAUGUGAGGCCCCGUGUGGAUGGUUCACAAGGUCGUGGGAACACUGUGCUGGAGAGGGUAGAGGGGGCUCAACAGCGCUGGAAGAAACAGGUCCAGGAGCAGCGCAAAACUGUGUUUGACCGCCACAAGCUGCUCAGCUAAGCCCUCAGAUUUACUCCGGCUGGGAAAAAGUCUAACGGGCACCACUGACCGAGACAACUUGCAUGGUGGUCUUAUAGUUUCAGCUUUUAUGACAAUAUGUUUUAUCAGUGGGCCUGCAUUAUCAUUAGUAUUAUAAUCUUACCAAGACCAACUUGGUUGAUUCCAGCUUUCAAACUGAAACUGUAAAAACAUAAAGCAACUUGUUUAGUUGCUUGCUGUUAACAUAGACAUAAGAGAAUCAGCCAGCUCCAGUUGGUCUCACGCCCACGGUCACCUUUACAUUUCUCACACAAUAACUUGAAAAUAUCGGUGCUGUCACUACUUUGCUUUGAAAUAGCAUUGCAAAGAAUGAGAUUACAUGGAAAUGUGCAGUGUGAUCUGGGAGUACUGAUGCGGACAUGUAUAUAAUAUAGAUGCGCUUAUGAAUGAGUAAAAUUUCAUUGCACUGUUGUAGUUUCACUUUGAAUCACCAAAAAAUUUAUUGAAUUAUUCCUAUUUAUUUAUUUAUUUAUUUAUUUGCAAGCUGAUAAUACCAUUCAGGAUGGCACAUGCCACAAGCAUAUGUUUUAAAUGUCAGAUUAUAAUGAAUAAUUAUAAAUAAAUGUAUAUAUUCAUAAUAGUGAAGGAAUAAGUGGCUUUAUGUGAUCAGCACUGUUGAAUAGUAUAUCAUAAGCUUCCUCUAAUAUGCUUGACACUUUUGUUGGAUGUUCUGAUUUACAGACAUCCAGAAAUAUUGAUUUUGCACCUCAAAAUGUGAAGGAAUUUGAAGGACUUUGCUUGACUAUCGUAUUUGCUGCUAUAAUGAUUUUUUCAGUAUGUAUCCAAACAACUUGCAGCUGUUUUACAGCUGAAAAAUUCUUGCUAAUGUGAAAAUGCACUAAAAUAUUAAAUAUAUAAAGAAUGUUGCCAACUUACUUUGUGCAGCUUUUUUCUUGAGAAAAUUCACUAUGGGUAACACUCAUCUGCUGUUUUGU